AUGGAUGAACCGUACCCGUACCGAACCCGACACCCACAUAAUCUUUUAUAUUUUGCAGUUCUCUUCCCCACACGCACACCAUUCCUCGUUUCUCCGUUGGACUAGAUCGGUUCAAGCCAUGGCAGACGAGAUCGAGCUGAAAACUGCCCCUGCUGAUUUUCGUUUCCCUACGACAAAUCAAACUCGGCACUGUUUUACCCGGUACAUUGAGUUUCAUAGGUGCGUGGCAGCGAAGGGUGAUGAAUCUAAUGAAUGUGAACGAUUUGCCAAAUACUAUCGUUCCCUUUGCCCUGGUGAAUGGAUUGAGAGGUGGAAUGAGCAAAGGGAGAAUGGGACUUUUCCAGGUCCUCUUUGAUCUUCUUUCAGAAGCACCUGAGCUCGAUGUCUUUGUCAACGUUGGUCCUGUCCUUUAGAUAUUUUCAUUUAAUAAAACUGCGAUGGGAUGCGGGAAUUCACUUGGGCUUAUGAAACUGACAGUUUUAUUUUGGAUAAAUUGCACAAAUAUCUGGUUUCUGGUUGUGAUUCCUUUUCAGGUCGUCUCAUACAUUUAACGAGUGCAGGGCUGCAACCUUUAGGUGAA